ACAGACCGGAGUCUUUGUCACAAACAGACGUCUGUAAUCAGAGUGACUCACACAGUCAGCGCCUGCCGCUCCCUUGGCACAGGUGAAGUAAUCGUCCGCCCACCUGCAGCUUCUCUGCUCAGUCACAACCCGCAGAGCAAACAGCAUGGACUCAUAACGCUGGGCUGAAGCUCUUUGACACAACUUCAACAACACGGAGGCCGAAACACCUGCCUGAUGGACCCUGAGGUUUAGUCAAAGGGGAUUUUUCAAUGCCACUGUGACAGAAACACGAAAGGAUCAUGCCGUCUCACCGCAGGGGAAGGAGUCUCUCUGACGCCCUGACCCUUGAGCGAUCAGAGGAGGGAGGGCUGUACGUUUCCAGCAUCAACCAAAAUGCCGCAGCCAAUCGAGGACUUAGAGAAGGGGAUGAACUCUUGGGGGCAACAAUUGAUUUUGAUCAACUUUCAAAAGAUGAAGUAUAUAAAGUACUGAGGCUGAUGGAGCCAUUUGAUGGCAAGAUGAAAGUCCUCACUAGGAACAACAAGAGCAAGAGCCUCGGAAACUUGGACCAGUGUGACAAGACUCCUGAGACGAUGCUGAAUGAUGCCUACAGCAAGCUCUACAAUGCCAAAAUCAAGAAGUUCAUGAAAGAUGAUUUGCCUGGUGCCUGGGAAGGCUCUGGGAACGAGGUUACUGCCAAGCCAACUGUACCAGGCUCAUCCAAGGUCAACCUAAAACACGACAUGAGGGGGUUGCCUCGCCUCGGAGUUGACUUUGGACUUAUAAAACCCAAGACUUUGACCACAGAUAUUGAUGCAGAUUCACAAUCUGAUGAUGCCGAAGAACAAAUGAAAUAUGACAGCAAUCUGAACCUCCCACCGCUGGGACUCGGCUUGAAUGGGACUGCUCUAAGUGGAGCUCAGGCGCCAAGACUGAAAGUCAAUGCUAGAAGUCCACAGUUUAAUGCUCCAGACUUCCAUCUGUCUGGAACAUUACCAGAGGGUCCAAAUGUCAACACCACAGCUGGUCUACAGCUGCCAAACACUGACAGUCCAUUAGUUGAUUUGACAAUGCCAAAUCUUGGACUGGAAAGCAAUGGAACUUUGAGAGCUCCAGAAAUGGGUAUGGACUUAACAGGUUCAGAUGUUAGUACACCUGACAUAGGGAUAAACCUGAAUGGGGGAAAUAUCAGUGGUCCAUCCUUUGAUACUGACGUUCCAAAAGUGGCCAUUGAAGGAACAAACAAAAAGUUCAAAAUGCCAAAAUUCAAAGUGCCAGACAUGGGCCUCUCUGGACCUUCUUUUAGUGGUUCAGAAGGUGAGGUCAAGAUACCAGAUGUAGGAAUGCCAGAUGUUCCCUCAGGUAAACUUGGUCUCAAGUAUUCCAAGAGACUGAAAAAUCCAGAUCUAAAUGUGGACUCUCCUUCCAGUUAUGUAGAAUCACCCAAGCUCCAGCUGUCAGGAACAUCCCCUGACUUGGACCUAGAAAUGCCAGAUGUGGAUGUAUCACAACUUGACAUAAAUGGGCCGGACAUUAACAUGCCCUCAGGGAAAGUCAAAGUGCCAUUUAAGAAACCAAAGAUUGAUCUUAGAUAUCCAGAUUUAGAUGUGGAUGCCCCAUCUGGUAAAUUGACUAAGCCCAAAUUUGACGUUAAAACACCUGACCUUAGUCUCAAAUCACCAAAGAUAAAAGGUGGAAUUCAUGCACCUGAUAUAAAUUUACCCAAAGCUGACCUCAAAGGACCAAAGUUAGACAUUGGCACUCCGUCUGUUGACACUAAACUUCCAUCUGGAAAAUACAAGGCUCCAAGGUUUAAAAUGCCCAAAUUUGAUUUACCAGACAUUGAAGUUCCAGAUUUCAAUGGAGAUUUCAAAGGACCAGAUGUGCGGUUGGCAGCACCAGAUCUCAGAGCUGGAAUUGCAGACCCAAAUAUUGACAUAAAGGUACCCUCAACUGACUUGGAUGUGUCUGCUCCCAAGUUUAAAGGUGGGAUUGGCCUCAAAGACCCAAAACUUGACCUUAAUACUCCUGAUAUGGAUAUUAAUAUGCCUUCUGGGAAAUUAGGCAUUGGUGCAGAUGCGCCCUCUGGUAAGCUUAAGUUGCCAAAAUUUAAGCUUUUUGGCACAUUGUCAAAGAAAAAGGAUUUGGAUGUCAAUGCAGGGUUGAAAACACCUGAACUUGCUCUGAAAUCCCCAAAGAUAAAAGGCAUGGAUGUAGAUUUGUCUAAGCCAGGGUUUGACAUGGAUGCACCUUCACUUGAUCUGACGCUGCCAAAAGGUCCAAAUUUGGACAUGAACACAGACCUGAAAUCACCAGAUUUAAAUCUGAAAGCCCCAAAGAUAAAGGGUGGAAUUGAUGCCCCUGACUUGGACUUGCCAAACAUGGACCUUAAAACUCCAAAGUUAGAUGUGAACACUCCAGAUAUCAACAUUGGUUCACCCAAAGCAAAAUUAAAGAUGCCCAAAAUAAAGAUGCCGAAAUUUAGUGGUCCAGGCCUAAAAGGACCUGAGAUUGAUGGCAAUUUUGAUGGCCCAGACAUGGAUAUUAAUGCACCCAAUUUCAAUCUGAAAGGUCCUAAAGCUGAUUUAGAAAUGCCAGACUUGGAUAUCAGUGGUCCAUCAGGAAAAUUCAAAAAGCCAAACUUUAACCUGCCUGAUUUUGGGCUUUCUGGUCCAAAGUUAGAUGGCCCUAACCUGGGCCUCAAAUCACCUGAUCUAGAUCUAUCUGGUCCCAAUCUCAGUGGUGGUUUAAAUGCACCAGACAUAAACAUGCCCAAGGUUGAUCUUAAAAGCCCCGAACUGGACCUCAAUGCCCCAAAGCUCAACUUAGACAUGCCGUCAGGUAAACUGAAAAUGCCAGAGCUUAAUGCUCCAGACUGGGAUGUUAAUGCUCCCUCAGGCAAAUUGAAAAUGCCCAAAUUAAACCUUUCCGGCACACUGCCAAAGGGACCAAAUUUGGACAUAAACACUGACUUCAAAUCACCAGAUUUAAAUCUGAAAGCUCCAAAGAUAAAGGGUGGAAUUGAUGCCCCUGACUUGGACUUGCCAAACAUGGACCUUAAAGCUCCAAAGUUAGAUGUGAACACUCCAGAUAUCAACAUUGGUUCACCCAAAACAAAAUUCAAAAUGCCCAAGCUUAAAAUGCCAAAAUUUAACUUCCCAGGCCUAAAAACACCUGAAAUUGAUGGAAACUUGGAUGGUCCAGAUGUUGAUGUAAAUGCACCCAAUGUCAAUCUGAAAGGUCCUAAAACUGAUUUAGAAAUGCCAGACUUGGAUAUCAGUGGUCCAUCAGGAAAAUUCAAAAAGCCAAACUUUAACCUGCCUGAUUUUGGGCUUUCUGGUCCAAAGUUAGAUGGCCCCAACCUGGGCCUCAAAUCACCUGAUCUAGAUCUAUCUGGUCCCAAUCUCAGUGGUGGUUUAAAUGCACCAGACAUAAACAUGCCCAAGGUUGAUCUUAAAAGCCCCGAACUGGACCUCAAUGCCCCAAAGCUCAACUUAGACAUGCCGUCAGGUAAACUGAAAAUGCCAGAGCUUAAUGCUCCAGACUGGGAUGUUAAUGCUCCCUCAGGCAAAUUGAAAAUGCCCAAAUUAAACCUUUCCGGCACACUGCCAAAGGGACCAAAUUUGGACAUAAACACUGACUUCAAAUCACCAGAUUUAAAUCUGAAAGCUCCAAAGAUAAAGGGUGGAAUUGAUGCCCCUGACUUGGACUUGCCAAACAUGGACCUUAAAGCUCCAAAGUUAGAUGUGAACACUCCAGAUAUCAACAUUGGUUCACCCAAAACAAAAUUCAAAAUGCCCAAGCUUAAAAUGCCAAAAUUUAACUUCCCAGGCCUAAAAACACCUGAAAUUGAUGGAAACUUGGAUGGUCCAGAUGUUGAUGUAAAUGCACCCAAUGUCAAUCUGAAAGGUCCUAAAACUGAUUUAGAAAUGCCAGACUUGGAUAUCAGUGGUCCAUCAGGAAAAUUCAAAAAGCCAAACUUUAACCUGCCUGAUUUUGGGCUUUCUGGUCCAAAGUUAGAUGGCCCCAACCUGGGCCUCAAAUCACCUGAUCUAGAUCUAUCUGGUCCCAAUCUCAGUGGUGGUUUAAAUGCACCAGACAUAAACAUGCCCAAGGUUGAUCUUAAAAGCCCCAAACUGGACCUCAAUGCCCCAAAGCUCAACUUAGACAUGCCGUCAGGUAAACUGAAAAUGCCAGAGCUUAAUGCUCCAGACUGGGAUGUUAAUGCUCCCUCAGGCAAAUUGAAAAUGCCCAAAUUAAACCUUUCUGGCACGCUGCCUAAAGGACCAAAUUUGGACAUAAACACUGACUUCAAAUCACCAGAUUUAAAUCUGAAAGCUCCAAAGAUAAAGGGUGGAAUUGAUGCCCCUGACUUGGACUUGCCAAACAUGGACCUUAAAGCUCCAAAGUUAGAUGUGAACACUCCAGAUAUCAACAUUGGUUCACCCAAAACAAAAUUCAAAAUGCCCAAACUGAAAAUGCCAAAAUUUAACUUCCCAGGCCUAAAAACACCUGAAAUUGAUGGAAACUUGGAUGGUCCAGAUGUUGACAUCAAUGCACCCAAUGUCAACCUCAAAGGGCCCAAAACUGACUUUGAAAUACCAGAUGUUGAUUUUGGCAGCCCAACGGGAAAAUUUAAAUUUCCUGAUGUGGGCUUUUCUAGUCCAAAGUUAGAUGCUCCAAACUUUGACUUUAAGUCACCAGAUCUCAAUGCCAAAUUACCAAAAGGUCCAAAUCUGAACAUAAAUUCAGACCUAAAAGCUCCAGAUUUUAAUCUCAAAGCUCCAAAAUUGAAAGGUGGAAUCGAUGCCCCUAAAUUUGGAUUACCAAACAUGGAUCUUAAGGCACCCAAAUUAGAUAUGAACACUCCAGAUGUCAGCCUUGGUCUCCCUGAUGCAAAGUUCAAAAAGCCAGAAAUCAAGAUGCCAAAAGGCCCCAAUAUUGACAUAAAUGGGGACCUACAGGGGCCUGACCUGAAUAUCCCAAAUUUAGAUGUCAGUGGUCCCAAAGGUAAAUUCAAAAUGCCAAGUUUGAAUACACCAGACCUCAAUCUCUCUGGACCUAAGGCCAAGAUUCCAGACAUGAAUCUUUCAGGACCUAAACUGAAAGGCCCUGAUGUAAGUAUGCCAGACAUAGAUUUGCCUAAUGCCAUUUUCAAAGGUCCCAAGCUAGACCUCAAUGCGAAACGUCCUGACCUAGGAAUAGAUGGUAACAUAGGGCAACCUGAUAUGAGUUUUACUGUCCCUAAUGUCAAAGGAGGAAUAAGAGUUCCAGACAUUGGUAUGAAUAUUCCCUCAGGCAACAUCCAAGGUCCGGACGCUGAUCUUGAUUUGGCUGACAGAAAAUUCAAACUCCCUUCUUUCAAGAUGCCUCAGUUUGGAAGCCCAGAUCUUAACGGGGUAGGGUCUGAUAUUGACUUUGGUGCAUCUCUGAAACCAACAAAUCUGGAUAUUUCUCCUCCAAAUGCAAAACUGAACAUGAAACCAAUGCAGUUGGUGGGGGAUUUCACAGGUCCAAAUGUUAGUGUUCCAAACAUGCCAAAAGCAGCGAUGCGAAGUCCACAGCUAAAUGUUAAUGCUCCAAACAUGCCGAACGCAGCGAUGCGAGGUCCACAGCUAAAUGUUAAUGCUCCAAACAUGCCGAAAGCAACAAUGCGGAAUCCACAGCUCCAUCUCAAAUCUCCAGAUCUUAACAUUGAUGAUCCUUCACUACAUUUCAGAGGACCUUCGUAUAGGAAUCGCAGAUCAGAUAUCCCAGGGGUUAACAUGAGAAUGGCUGUUCUGGAUAUAGAUCGAGUUGAUUUCAGCCAUACAGAUCUCAACAUUGAUGAUUUCACAGGAAAGGAGCAUGUGCUUAGAGCUAGAGGUUCCAAACCUAACUUCCAGGCACCACCUAGCUAUGGACAGGUGAUCUCCCCAUCAGGUGUUAAUACUGGCAUGGGGGACCCAAGACAUUCUAGAAGAAGUCCUCCUGGUGAUAUGUAUUCAAGGCAGCACGGAACAAUGCAGCCGGUAACUUACGCACGUUUGCCACAUGUUUCUCAAGAUCCCAGAGUAAGAGUCCCUGGAGGUUCGGAUGGAUACUACAUCACUGUUUUUGACAAACAAGCACAAAAUCAGAGAAUGCCAAACCGCAAAUAUAACACACUUGGGGGGCCUGGCUUUCAUCCACAAGACAUAGACCUCGAAGUUCCAGAUAACAAUUACCAGAAAGGGGGUUCAACUUUCUUUUUCUCCGACCUCAUGUAGGUUUUAAACCACUGAUGUUUCCAAAAGUGGCACCAAAUGUUUCAUUCAGUGUGCUUUUUAUGUUGGGAUUAUUUAUUGUGAAUUACAGUGUUGUAAGUUUAAUGUAUUUUAUGCAUUUUUAAAAAGUCUCACGUUCUGCCACAUUUAAGUUUUUGUUUUAUGUAUAAAGCCAAUCUCGUUGCCUACAUUAUAAGGGAGCAUUCUUGCACUUUUUUAUAUGUAAAUUUAGUUUUGUAAUUUGUACUACGUUUGUACUAUACAAUAUACAAUAUUUUUUUCUGUGUACAUUUAAGUUAAGGCACCCAAAAUCUCCAAAAAAUGCCGGUUUUCUCUGAUGUUGAAACACAAAGAGGUCAUUUUUGUAUUUAAGGGCACUAUUUUAAGAUCAAAGGAUGUAAGUUUUUUGUUACAUAUCAUCAACUGAAUGUUAAAAUAUCCAGCGUUGUGCAUAUGUUUAUAUUAUACUGCAUGUCUGUACUUUUUAAACACCCACUUUAUUUUAUAUUCAUUAGGGAUGUAUAUAGUUGAGUUUAUAUAAUUUUUAUAACUAUUUUUUAACAGAGUUCUUGCCUCAACAUAUUUGAGUAAUAAUAUAAGAGAUGAUGAAAUGAUUUAAGAUGAGUAUAUAUUCUAAACUGUAAAAACUGCCUUACGCCAUUUUUUCAAGUGACCAUGGAGCUAUUUAAAUGUGUUAAAAUUGCCAGACCAUAUAUAAAAUUGUUGAAUUGUAUGACAAAAUAAACACAAAUAUAUGUACAGUA